UAAUUUCAAAAUGGCUACUGUAGUGGAAAACGUGAAGUUAAGCGAUGUUGAAUGGCUUGUUAUGCGAGCUCGUGGGUUUUCAAAGACUGACAUCUUUGCUGCAAAGGCUUGGUUGAUAACUGCACGAUCUCUGUUUCCAAGAUGCUUUCUUAUACAGUUUGAGUCCUACCAGCUUGAAAAAUCCUCCAAGAAUGUGAAAGAUGCUGCAAAACACCUGGAAGAGAUGCUGAAGAAUUUCCCCAAUGAGCAGCGUCUGUGGAUAGAGGUGCACACAAUCCUCGAAGCUCUACAAACGGAGUCCACCGAUCAGAAGAGCAGUUUCCACACAGAGAUAUUUGCUGCGUUCCCAACCCACAUCCAGUGUCAGAUGCUGCUGAAUGUUGCCGAGAAAAUCUCAAAUGUCUUGGAGCGAUGUCGCCUGCUACUGCUGGCCAUGAGGAAAUUCCCCAAUCUGGUGGUGGAGCAUGGGCUGAAGCUGGUGGAGUUGCUGAUGUCGGAGGAGAGACAGAGUGGAGCAGUGUCCCCUGUCAACUGCUACAGAAAACUUUUAGUGUGUGACACACUGCCCCUGGUUCUGACGAAGAUCAGUCACCUGUCAAUCUCGGACGUUGAGCUGUACACCUGGUUGCAGCGAUCUGUGGAGUUCUACAUCAGCUAUACCACACAGCCAGUCACACAGGACGUGUCACAGUCUCCAGAUUUAUUGUCCCCGACAAAGACUUCAGCGAAGAAGUUCCCAAUGAUCCCCGGGCUACUGGACAGAGAGAGUCAGGUGACUGACCCCUGGGGCAGCCUCUUCAAGCUGCUGCAGUUGUUUGGUGGCCACCUUGGAUGGGAGAUGGAGGCAGACAUUUUCAAUAAAUCCAGAGACUACCAGUGGCAGUACUUGUUAGGUGUCUACAACAGCAUUAAACAGAACCCCUCUGAGCGUGGACAGAAACACAUCCUGUAUGUUGCAACGGUGCUGUUUCUGCAGUGUCUCUAUAUGUACGUCAGUCACGUGGAUACAGAAAACCUCUCAGGUUCAAGUUUGUCCUCCCCACAUGUUCCAGUUGUAAUCCUGGAGAAGUUCCGCUCCGAGAACGGCGAGACACAGAUUCAACCAAAGAUAAAACGUCUCCGUCAAGACAACCCACAUCUCCCACAGAUCAUGUCGUCCACCAACAUCUCCAGCUCCCAGUUCAUCAUCCAAAACUUCAUCACAGCCAUGAAAUGUUUUGAGCUCCUGCACUCCUCUGAAGAUCUGCGCCGAGGUCCAGAUCAAGUUCAUGGAGGAUGGAACUCUGGUCAUGGAGGAUGGAACUCUGUGUCCUACCAGGGAGCCUUCCAGGAAGCUGUUGCCCAGCUACAGAGCUACUACAUGGGAGCCAAGGGCAAGAUGAAGACCAGACUCUCGCUGCAGCUAGCCUCCAGUUUCUACUGCCUGAGAAACUUAUCUAAAGCGUGUGAGCUUGUCCUUGAUGUUGUCGCCUCAUUGCCCGAACAUUCCCCGACGUCAGUUUCCACCGAGGAGAGUCAGCCUGGGUUCAAGUCACUGACAACAUCAGGACCAGUCCGACAUUUGAUACUCAUGCAGUGUUCCGAGUGUGAGAUUGUUCCCUUCUGUAUACAGCUGCUCAUCACUUGCUUGAAGGAGCGGAUAUCCAACCACAACAAUGACCUUAACCUUGGUCACCUGAUCGUGUUGCUACAAUACGAUUGGCCAAAAUAUGAGAGUAUAUUCCUGGAGGUGAUUCAGAAGAUCCAGAAACAGGGCAGCUUCACCUACAACCUCUUCUUCUCCUACGUCUUCAACAUGGAUAUGCUUGAGGAAUUAGCUUUCUUGGACACGCAGGAGGGAGGGCGAGUCAGCCUAGACAUCAUGCCCACAAGUACACGUGCACUUGCUCAGCAGCGGACAGUCACCCGGGGGGUCAACAAGGGUGUGAAGGAGGACUUCCGGGCCAGUCUAGAGAAGCAGGUGAAGACUGUCAGUGACCACAUCAACAAAGUCCUGCUGUGCUUCAUGACAGAGGAGAGAGAGUUGCUGCUCCAGAACAUUUAGCAUCAGAGUUGUACAAUUGUAAAUAAAUGUACAGAAACCUUC